AGCAGGCGGAGGCGGUGACCGCGACGUCUGAGACGGGACCGAGCUCCGAGGGGGGGAGGCUGGAGGAAAGCACCCGCCUCGUAGGACCUGCACCAGGUGCAGGUGGCUGAGCCUUCCUCUUCAACCUCUGCGAUCCCUCGGCGCGAUGGCGACGGUGAUGGCGGCGGUUCCUCGGACAGCUCCAGUCAAGCUGCGCUCGGGGAGGUACGUCCAGAAAGUGCCCAGAAGAAACGUCCUGCCAGAAAAACUGAAAAGGCAGUAUUUAUAACACCAGACAUUGUGGAUACCGUAAUUUGUUAAGAUGGCAGAAAACAUUGAAAAUACUAGUAAAGAUGUAGAUGUAAGGCCGAAAACGAGUCGGAGUAGAAGUGCUGACAGAAAGGAUGGUUAUGUAUGGAGUGGAAAGAAGUUAUCAUGGUCAAAAAAAAGUGAGAGUUGUUCAGAUGCUGAAACAGUGGAUGACCUCGAGAAAAUGGAAGCUCCUUUAAGGAGCCAGGAAAGGAAGCACAGCUGUUCAUCCAUCGAGUUGGACUUGGAUCGUUCCUGCGGGCAUAGGUUUUUGGGCCGAUCUCUUAAGCAGAAACUGCAAGAUGCUGUGGGGCAGUGUUUUCCAAUAAAGAAUUGUAGUCGGCACUCGUCAGGGCUUUCAUCUAAAAGGAAAAUUCAUAUCAGUGAACUCAUGUUAGAUAAGUGUCCUUUCCCACCUCGAUCAGAUUUAGCUUUUAGAUGGCAUUUUAUCAAACGACACACUGCUCCUAUAAGUCCCAAAUCAGAUGAGUGGGUAAGCACAGACUUGGCUCAGAGCGAAUCAAGGGAUGGGCAGCUAAAACAAAGGAGGAACCUGGAAGAUGUUAACCCCUUCUCACAUACCAACGUUCAGCCGUGUGUCAUAACUACCAACAGUGCUGCUUGUAGAGGUGGUCCUGUGGUUGGCUCUAUGAUAAACUUGGUUUCAAACAACAGUAUAGAAGAUAGUGAUAUGGAUUCAGGUGAUGAAGUUAUAACACUUUGCACAAGCUCCAGGAAAAGAAACAAGCCCAAAUGGGAACUGGACGAUGAACUCCUGCAGUUGGAGACGCCUCCAAAGUACCACACCCAGAUUGAUUAUGUCCACUGUCUUGUACCAGACCUCCUUCAAAUCAAUAACAAUCCAUGUUACUGGGGAGUCAUGGAUAAAUACGCAGCCGAGGCGCUACUAGAAGGAAAACCAGAGGGAACCUUUUUACUUCGAGACUCAGCACAGGAAGACUACUUAUUCUCUGUUAGCUUCAGACGCUAUAGUCGUUCUCUUCAUGCCAGAAUUGAACAGUGGAAUCACAACUUUAGCUUCGAUGCACAUGACCCUUGUGUCUUCCAUUCGCCUGACAUUACUGGGCUCCUAGAACAUUACAAGGACCCGAGUGCCUGUAUGUUCUUCGAACCGCUUUUAUCCACUCCUUUAAUUCGGACUUUCCCUUUUUCCUUGCAGCAUAUAUGCAGAACAGUUAUUUGUAACUGCACAACUUACGAUGGUAUUGAUGCCCUUCCAAUUCCUUCUUCUAUGAAAUUGUACCUGAAGGAAUAUCACUAUAAAUCGAAAGUUAGAGUGCUCAGGAUUGACGCACCCGAACAACAGUGUUGAAAAGGGCAGGCCUGUCUGGUGAUUACACACACAGGUCCCUACGUAACACUCAGCAGUUAUCAUUUAGCCACUCUGACCUUUUUUUCCAUGAAGGGUUGUUGGAGUCCCGAAAGCCUGCCCAACAGCCUUCUUCCAGAUCAGCUUAUGCGUCUUAUGAUACACUAAUCGUUUAAGGUUAUACACUAGGGUUGACGGCUAUUUUUAACCAGUUUUUGUUUUUAACCAUAGAUUAUAUACUUUUUUUCAUUGUAAUUUCUAUAACAGUAUGUUGGAAAUUUGGGAUUCAUUGCAAAACAGUUGACUAUUUUGUUUUCUAUACUUUCCUUUAAAAAUCAUACUCUAUCCUUUCUACAUGUAAAUUCUUCUGUAAAUCUGUACCACUGGUAUUCCCCACCCCAUAUUCCAUGAAUUGGUUUAGAAUUCUUCAGUAAAGUGGAUUGCAAUUCACAAUUCAUGCUAAAUAUCAUUUACUUUUAUAAUUUUCUAAUAGGGAUGUUAAAGGUAGAAAGAGGGUUUGAAAUCUAAUGGUGAUUUUUGUGUUUUUGUUUAAAGCAUCUAUUAUCAAUGAAAAUGUGGGAGACUGUAUUUCUCCCUCUCUCUUUUUUGUACUUCAGCGUGGUAUCUACAACUUGAGGGGUCACUCCACAUGAUUUCAGAAUUUCCCACUAGUCAUCUGUGAAUGUUGACGUUCUGAGGCAAUGGAGUUUUUUCCUGAAAGCAUCUCUUAGUUUGCUUUCAGAUAUUCCUCUGACUAGGGGUAACCCCUGACCUAUAAGUUUCAAAUAGUUAUUUUGCUGACUUGAUAGAGUGCUGCUAAGGCCCACUUUGGAAAGGUUGAAGGUGCUAUUUUCACAGAAUCCAGAUGUCAUACUGCCUUGGUACAGGGAAACCAUUCUGUUCCAAAUGUCAUCUCUAAUCUCCAGGCAUCUCUCACUCAACUUUGGUAUCUCAUCUUUUCCUAUCUCAGGAUUAGGAUAAGAGUAGAAUCAAAGUCUGUAAGAAAAUUGAAUAUUGCUACCAAUCUUGUCAUUUGUACUUCUUUCACAACCAUAUGAAUCUAAAUAAGAAGGGGAGCUGCUGUGAGUGAUACCUGGGUUUUUAGGAUUCUUCAAAAAGCAUUGUUGUAUCAGGUACAGGACUAGAACUGUAUACCACAUAAGAAGCUACAUCUAGCCGCGAGUAUUCGACUGAGUAAUGUUGAGACUUGCAAUAGCCUUGAAGACACUGAACUGUCUUUCAGCAGAGAAUAUAUGUAAGAGCCUACUCAGGAAUCCUUGCACAGUGCAGCUAACAUGUGGGUCCUAAUUGAUGAAUGGAGCAUCAUCUGGUAUCAUUUGAACAAGACACGUCUGUCUAAUACCCUUUUAGAAGCCAUGCAGCCUUAGAUCCAUCAUCUUAUAGGAUAAAUUUGGGGGUAUCAAAGGUAUAUCUUUAUGUCUUUAAUAAUGCUGUAGAUUAUAAUUGUACUUAUUGCCAUCUAAGUAUGUUUUUGUCUGAUUUGUCAUCAUACAAAAUUAGUAAAGCAAGAAGGUAUCCCUGGUUAGAUGGCAGGGCUACAUACUCAACUGAUGCCCCCAGAUUUGGGAGACUGAUAAGCCUGAGUGUUAGCCAUUGGUAAUUGGUCCUUGAUGAUGUGUUUUCAUUUUAAAUAUUAACUAUAGAGCAGAAUUGCGAAAUUUUGUCAGAAUCAAAGAGAAUGUGACAAUUUGGAGGUGCAUUUAUGCUUCUAUAGUGUGGCUGGCCUGUUGGUUGUUGAAUGAGUCUCAAUCUGGAAGAAUAAAGCCACCUCUAAAACAUAAAUGCAGUUCUUUUCUCAUUGACAGCUUUAGAAGGAAUGAUUGAUAACACUGUUAGUAGUUUACUUACAAAUUGUUACUUCUAUUUAGCCCUUUUAUAGGAAUUCUGCACCCGCUACUUUCACAAUUUAUAAACAGCCAUAAAUUUCCACUAACCAAAGAGAAUCUAUAGAAUGCUUUGUUAUUUUAAAAUGAACUUGAACAAAGAUUCCAGAAUUAAACAUGAGCUCAGUAUACUUUAGGAGGCCUAAAAUUGUUUUUAAUCUUCAGAUAGUGAUUUCUAUUCACAGAGUUAUGUUUUUAAUAUGGCCUCAAAAAACCACAAAAAACCUCUUGACAGUUACAUGGCUUAUGCCAUAUGAAAUAGUAUUGGGCAACAAGGAUAAUAUUUUAAAUUAUCCCAAGAAGCAGCAGCAUUUUUAGAAACAUCCUUAGCUUAAUGUAACUAAUAAUGGCUGUACAUGGACCAUUCCAAUUCAACAAUCUCUGUACACACAUACUACUCCAUGACAUAGAUGACUCAGAUUUACGACCGUUCUCACCCUCCUCUUCCAGGCUCUCCUCAUUAACAUGGACUCACUGCCCUGAAAUUUCCUAUUUAAUCUUUUAUAACUCCUUUUUAAGAUUCAAUGAGGAAUAAACUUCUUAUUCAUACUCUGAAGACAGUUGCCCAAUUUUCUUUUGGUGAUUUGUUUCUGAGUACAAAUUGACAUGUUUAAUAUAGUGAUUGAUUUUUUUUUUUUUUUAGCUCUACUAGGAAGCUGCUUCUAUUUAGGCGGAAGAAAUUUGAUUUCCAAGUUGUUGCUUUACGUCAAAGUAGUGUUUCCUUAUUUUGCAGCUCUUCUGUGAACACAAAGAUGGCAUUUUUAGUCAGCGCUUUGUAAUAAAAUGUUAGCAUUGAUUAUAGAACUAAACCAGGAAAUUCUCUGGUAGCCUAUCAGCUUUUUUUUUUUCUUCAGUGAUCACAAGUUUGUCUUGAUCUCAAUGAAUGGUGGCUAAUAAAAUGUCAUCUCAGCAGUGACGAGGCCCAAGAUAGUCCAACACCAGUGUCAAGUGACACCACUUCAAAAGAUGGUGUUUCUUUUUUACAAAAGUAGGAAAUCUCAUUACCUCAUCUAGUAGCACUUUGUGGAUCACUGAGAAGGCAGUCUUGUUAACGAAUGUAAUGCUUCCUGUAUACUCACCUUUGGUGAAAGAAAAUUAAUAGUAUGGUAAGACUGAUUAUAGUUGUUAUCAGGAUUUGAUAAGACUUUCUGUUUCUGUGAAACAAUUAUUUUAGAAAAUUUUCUUUAAAAAUAACUUUUUAUCUACAGGAAAACCUAAGGGAAGACUAGCUAAUGAAUAUUCUGUUAAAGUGUAGUUUUAUAAAGAAUAAAUAUAAUUAUGUUGCCUUUUUUAUAAUAGUUAAAAUUAGUGUUUAUAUGAAAGUCAAGAUCUCAGUAGUUUUUCAUAUAGUUCAAACUGGUUGCUGUAAUAUAUAUUUUCUUUUUUUUGCCCCCAACUUGUAAGGUAUUAACAGCUGUUAACAUUUUCAGAAUACUGCCAUAUAUAGCUUUGAUGUAGAUCCAAUAAAUGGGAGCAAGGAAGAGACUCAUUUACUCUGAAAUGAUUUGUAUUGUUCCUUUGUUGGCAAUGAGAAGAAAUGUGGAAAGUAGACCUAUAAAGACUUGAGAAGGGAUUUAUUUGCCAUAAAGAGAAAAGUAGUAAUUGAUGUUUCAAACAUUACAAGAUGGGAAUUUAGAAAGGUGAGAUCCCUUUCGCUGUGACAAGUUGGAUAUUGAGAAUAUUUGAGUGUACAUUCCAGUGUUGAGAGAGCAUUCAGUAUGGUGGCGCUAUGUAGUGCUUAUUGGCAAGAGAGGGUGAAGCUAAAAGAAACAAGAUAAAAUAUUAAAAUUAAGAAUUAAGGCAUCACCUCUGGGAAAAGCCUUGACAGAGAGAGGGAGUUACUUCAUCGCUAAGAGCUAGUCUGGACCAGACACUUAACUGUGCUUUGGGAUUCAUCCUGCACUAAUCAGGAAAUAAACUUGACUUCUAUUUCUCUCCGAAGCAUUUUAAGGUAUGCCCUCCUCCCCCCUUUUUAAAGCUAUAGCAUUUUGAUUCAUACUAUAAUUUCUUAAAUAGACUGAAUAGAUUUUUUUUAAGGUUCCUUGAACAAUUUUGUAUAAAGAGUUAUAUGUGAUCUUUCUAUAACAUGCCAUUCGCUUAAGUAAUUCAGAGAGGGAAUGCUUUAAUUUAAAGGAAGACCUAAUAGGAAGAAGAUGAAAGGAAGCUUUUAGUCAGCUUAUGCGUAGAUUUAUUGAUUUGGUUCUCAAGCCUGUGUUUUUUCCUGAAUUUCAGCUCAUAGGUAACUGUAGUCAGAGUGGCUUUCAGUUAAACUUUUGACGUAUAAAUAAUACAAAGGAUGUCUUCGUAAUUAGAAAUCCUUUAAAAAGUAGAACAAUUGUGGCAAAUGGGAUUCGUGUCAUUGCACAAAUUCAUUUUUUUAAGAAAAACAUAAACCAUUAUUUAUUCAUGAGCCAAAGCCAUUAAGACAAAUCAGGUUAUCAGCUUCCUGUCUCCAGUUCAUUUUAUAGAUCCACAUAAUAGAGAACUUCCUUCCUAUGAAACAGAAACCUUGAGCUCUAACUCCCUUCUAAGUGUGUAUGCACCUACUUUUCAUUAGAAAUACAUUUUCUCGCUGUUAGCUAUAAACAGUCCAAUAAACAGCUUAUACAUUGAUUUUGGUAGAGCAAGUUUCACAGGAAAGUAGACUUUGUAAGGUUUAUUCCUAAAGAAAACUACAUUUUUAGAUGUUAAAUAGCCUUACAGCUUUAGUAAUUUAAUAUCAAAGUAAAUGAAAAGUUUUAAGCCAAGCUAAUUUUUCAGUGAAGGAUCUAUAAUUUUUGUUUCAGAAAAAAAUUUCCAUUUGUUUCUAAAGAAAGACCGGAAAGCACAAAGAUUAUUUUGGAUUUUUUAAAUUGCGUACUAGAAAUAGCAAUGCUACAAGCAUCUGUCUAUACUGUUCUGAUAUAUUAAAAUACUGGUCACAAGUGGUCAUUUUAAGUUGAAAGGUAGACUAAUGAAUAUAACUCAAUAGAGAGGGACUUAGUGCACAUGAAUCCUGUUCCAAGUAAAGCCAAAGUCUUAUCUUUGAUUUACUUUGUGAUUUUGAAGACCUCUACUGACUCCUAAGUGUAUCUUUGCCUUCACUUACUAACAUAAGAUGUUAGGAUUGUCACUUGGCUUCCUGAAGGUGAAUUCUUGAGCUAGGUGGUGGCCCUUGGAGCAUACUUGAAAAUAAUUGCUGUACAGCUGUAUAAGUAUUAAUGUGGUGAUAGGUUUUCAAACAAUCUCCCUCAGUGGAUCCUGCAGAAUCAUGUUAACUUUUUAAUGUGUAAGAGUCUUUUCUUGGCUUGGUUUGACAAUGGAGAUUACAGUACAAAUUUAGGGUUCAGACUCUACAAUUAGAUGAACAAUUGUCAUUUCCUCAUACCCUUCAAAAGGGCUAUGUAAAAUUGAUCUUUGCCUAACUUAUUUUAAAAGUUGAUUACAUUUGAGAGGAAUACAAAUCAUUUUUGCCAUGGAUCUAAUCAAAUCAAAUUUCAGACUUGAGAGCCAUGGUGUAAAACUCAAAGGCAGUUUACUCAAAUGAUACUGACUUUGCAAGAGUUAGAUAAAAAUCAUAAGCCAAUAUGAGCUUGGUAUACAUGUCAAUGUACAGGGUUCCAAUAGCCAGUUCACAAAGCUAUUAGUAUUCUUGUCAAUCAGACUUGUAUGAUCUAUUCUCCACUUGUUUCUCCUUGAAAAUAGACUACUGUAUUUCCAUUUUUAUCUCUAAUCCUGAAGUUGAACAUUUUCUUCUUUGGAUAUGAGUUAAAGUGAUUGGAGUACAUUUUCUUCUUAAUUAAAACUUCAUAUAUAAAAUCCGAA